AAAGACUUAAACGGAAGUGAUGUAAAACAUGCGGAAGUAGCAAUUUAGCGCCAAAGCUUGAGUUGGACAGAGAAACAAACAUGGAUGUAGCUCGAAAAAUAAAAAACAAAGUGUCAUCUGGUUUCAAAAUGCGGGGACUUAUACUACGACCUGAAGCCAGCAAAUAUCUUGUUGAAAUGCUGGAAUCUGUCAAUGCUAUUGACCUUGAUGAUGUUAUUGAGAAGGUCCUGGAUGCAGUGGAAAAGCAGCCACUGUCAUCCAAUAUGAUAGAGCUGGAUGUGGUUAAGAUUGCUGUGCAGGACUGCACCCAGUCCUGUGAUGAAACAAUAGACACUGUCUUCAACAUCAUUGGAGCCUUUGAUAUCCCCAGAUACAUUUACAGUGUAGAGAGGAAGAAAUUUAUGUCAAUCAGUAUGACCAGACAUCCCACACCCAGUCUAUGUGGUUUGGCCAGAGACAAAGCUGAACUCUUCAGGGAACGCUACACAAUUUUACAACAGCGCACACAUAGACACGAGCUCUUCACCCCUCCUGCAAUAGGAAGUGCUGUUGACGAGGGUCAAAAUAAGUUUCAGCUGAAGACAAUCGAAGCCUUGCUUGGCAGCACGUCUAAGCUGAAAGAGGUGAUCGUACUUGGAAUGAUCACACAAAUGAAAGAGGGUAAAUUUUACCUUGAGGACCUCAGUGGAACAGUCCAGCUGGACAUGUCUAAAGCACAGUUUCAUAACGGUCUGUACACAGAGUCCUGCUUUGUGUUAGCAGAGGGUUGGUAUGAGGACUCUGUUUUCCAUGUCAAUGGCUUCGGUUUCCCUCCCACUGAACCAUCGUCGGCCGCACGUGCUUAUUAUGGCAACAUAAACUUCUUUGGUGGACCUUCCACCACCUCAGUGAAGGCCUCUGCCAAACUUAAGAAGCUGGAGGAGGAGAAUGAAGAUGCAAUGUUUGUAAUUAUUUCCGAUGUGUGGCUGGAUAGUGUUGAAGUUAUGGAAAAGCUGAAAGUCAUGUUCUCAGGUUAUGCAGCAAUGCCUCCAACCUGUUUUAUCUUUUGUGGAAACUUCUCAUCUGCACCAUAUGGUAGAACGCAGCUCACAUCACUCAAAGAGUCACUGAAAACUCUUGCUGAUGUCAUAUGUUCCUACCCUAGCAUUCACAGCAGUAGUCGCUUCGUGUUUGUCCCUGGUCCAGAAGACCCUGGUCCAGGCACCAUUCUGCCAAGGCCUCCCCUGGCUGACCACAUCACUGAGGAGUUCAGACAGAGAGUGCCGUUUUGUGUUUUCACAACCAAUCCAUGCAGAAUCCAGUACUGCACACAGGAAAUUGUAGUGAUCAGAGAAGACCUGGUCAACAAAAUGUGCAGAAACUGUGUCCGGUUACCCACCAACAGUCUUGACAUUCCAAAUCAUUUUGUCAAGACCAUCCUGUCUCAGGGUCACCUGACCCCCCUACCUCUCUACGUUUCUCCUGUGUUCUGGGCCUACGACUAUUCCCUGCGUGUCUAUCCAGUCCCUGACGUCAUUGUGUUUGCAGACAAAUAUGAUCCCUUCAGCAUCACAAAUACAGACUGUCUCUGCCUCAACCCGGGAUCAUUCCCACGAAGUGGUUUCACAUUUAAGGUCUACUAUCCCUCCAACAAAACUGUGGAGGACAGCAAACUACAGGGGCUCUAAUGAAAGUCAUGGAUAACAACAGCAACAGGGCUCAUUUGGUUUUGUACAAUAAUUUUGUAUAUUUUUCUAUUUUUAAAACUUAAAGUGUAGUGUUUGAGUUUUGAAUGUAUGUUCUGUCUUGAAUAAUAAAGUAUUCUGUAUUCUUCUCUUUUUGUUGAAUUAA